GCAGAGAGACAGUUUCAGGACGAUUUCAAUUUUUUGAAGGAAAAGUUAUUAGUUGAUUUUGGCCAAUUAGUGGAUGUCCAACGUAUUGACAGUAUUUGCCAAGUUAUGUGCGACAAGUUCAAGGGUUGUUGUUCGGUUUGCAAGACAAGGUGCAUUGAAGCUGUAGUCGAUUCUGUGAAAAUUAUGGUUGAAGCAAUGUCUAUCAAGCAUCAGGAGAUUUUGAAUUCCAUAGACCCUCUAGUGAAAACGAUGGCUGUUAAGUCAAAUGAGAAAUACACCCAUACUGAUAUCAAUGUGCAACCAGCUAUUGUUAAGUCAGAUGAGAAAGUCGUUGUUGCGGACAUUGUUGAGUCAUCUGAUAGGAAAGGUCUUGGUGUGGGUACUAGCAAUCCACUGGUAACAGUGCCCAUACAUCUGAACACACCAGUCGUUUACAGGUCGGAUGCAAAUACUGCAACUUCUGUGAAGCCCCCAGCGGAGCGUGUUCAUCCACUCAAUAAGCGAUUCCAUUUCUCCAAAACUGACAAGUUGGGUCGCUUUCCACGUACAAACCUCUUCUCACCUGUGGGUCUUUUUGACCUCCACAUUUCAGAUGAUGAAAGUGACCACAAAAAAAAUACUGCACCUGAUAAUGCUAUAUGUCCACAUGGGUCAGAUGUCAUUCCAAUCGGGUUAGGUCAUUCUGCUUUGCCUACAUGCACCCAUGGUGUUCACCCUACUCCUCCCAAUGUUGUAUUACAACCUUUAGUUAAGUCACAUGCAAAUUCCUCUAGAAGCCUUAUUGAGCUGUGUCCUGAAAGUGAUACAACAGCAGUAGCCAACAUUGAUGUACCAGAGAAGGUUGUUUCUGUGCUAGUUUCUCAUGCUCAAAAGUCUCAUGCUGAUGGGGCAGUUCCUCCAGUGAAUGCCACAUUCUUUGAGCCAACAUUAGCAUGUAAUCUUUCAACACUGAACUCAACAGAAAUGCCUAGGAAGUCCGAAGGGAUAAGUGGCAAAAAUCAAGAUGUUAUUGUUAUUGACGAUCAUGUGAGAGCGGUUCAGGAGGUUCACAAUGUUGUUGGUGAAAUGGUUGGUGCUAGUUUACAUGGGUUCUUCAGAAUUUCAACUAUUGGUCUGCUCUGA